AAAAUGUUCCCCGCCGCUCAAGCCGUCCAGUGAAUGGCAACCCAAAGGAGGUGUACGUAUAUAACAGGGAGGCGGGCGGCGGGGGAGGACAGUCGACGGGCCCCGCAGAGAGCGACACAGCCAUUCCUCGGUCUCCUCUCCUUCCUGAGCCUCGUCCAUAAGCAAGGGUGUCUCCGCCGCCGCGAGCUGGGGUGGACGUGGGAGUUAGCGAGCAGCACACCGCGGGGAGUCACAAAUCAGGUCUACAAGAAAGUUUAUAAGCCAGCAGGAGCCAUGGUGGUGCCAACACGGACGGGCGUGGUCGUGGGCGUGGCGGUAGCGGCAGUGAUGGUGCUCCUACCUGCUCCCUGCCUCUCGCUCACCAUUCACCCCGCCGUGCUCAGGAACUUUGUCGGUCCUUACCGCAAGCCAGGCGAACCCGUGUUGAGGCCGAAUGUUGAGGCGGUGCGCCACCAGCCUCCAGCCUCCAGCGUCAGGUUCAGCCCGGCCCAGCCCUUCGCAGCCAAGGAACCCUUCUUCCCUGUUGCCCUCACCGGCUCCUCCCCAGCCCGAGAGUGGAACAGACCCCUUCGGUCGUGCGCGGGGUCAGCCUCGUGUGCCCAGAACAUGGACAAUACCCUCAACCUGCUCAUGCGCAUGAUGGAGACCGGAAGGCGGCGCUAGCAGGCGGCGCUAGCAGGCGGCACCAGGGGCACAUAAAGGAGCAUGAGAGCAGCAUCAGCCACCACAGAUCAUGACUUAAGCAUACAUAUUCCUCCCCUGCCUCUGCCCUGCCCGCCGCCUCGCUAGUAACCAUUGCCGUGGCCACAACACUGCUCUGCCGCACUUGGACUAGCAAUGACAGAUGUACUACUUUUUUUUUGGUGUCACUAAGAAAUAAAAUGUUUUAACACACUCA